UCGUAUUUCCUUAUAGUCAUUCGCAGCAGCACCUGUUGCUGUAAUAUGUGAGCUUAGUUCUCACACCUGCUUUGCAUAAAGGACACCGAUCAGUUAAAUAGCGAAUGACAGUAGAUAAAGCAGCAUGACCCCUGAAGUUUCCAUGUGCAGAGAACCUGUCCACUGACAGAGCAGCAUUACAGCGGUGGCAUAGGGCGUGCCUGAGCCUAUGGUGACAGUGCUGAGACGCUGAGUACCUGCCCCCAGCAGUCCCUGCCACACACACUUCCGUGCCAGGCCAGCAGCAGCACCAGCAGCCUCUGCAGCCCAGCCGCCGGCACCCUGGUCGGAGACUCGCCAGCCAGGUUCUUCCUCCACAAUCUUGGCAUUGCAUCUACCAGAACAGUUGAUACAACGCAUUGUCUGCUACCACUGCUGUUAUGCAGUAGAUUGGAAAUAACCUGCGGUCCCUUUGAGGCAAACUGUUCUGAGAAUAUGGCAUACCCACCAAAUGGAGUUUAUGUUUAUCGAGCUUCAUUUUCAAUGGCAGGGAAACCAGUGAGGAGGACGCUGAAAUGACUUCAGAAAUUAUACUUGAAGAAACUUUCUAUAAAAGGUCACAGCAGAAAAAGAGGACUUCUCCCUUAAACUACAAGGAAAGACUAUUUGUACUUACCAAGUCCAGGCUCACCUACUAUGAAGGACGAUCUGAGAAAAGAAACAAGAAAGGAUCAGUGGAUAUUACUAAAGUCAAGUGUGUUGAAGUUGUAAAGAGUGGAACAGACUCCAUUCCUUGUCCCAAUAAAUACCCAUUUCAGAUUGUAUAUGAUACAAGCACCCUGUAUAUUUUUGCUCCAACUCCUGAGAGUCGCAUCAAGUGGGUGAAGCGCCUAAAAGAAGAAAUAAAAAACAACAACUACAUUUUGCCCAAAUACCAUUCUCAGUUAUGGGCAGAUGGUGCCUAUCAGUGCUGCAGACAAACAGACAAAUUGGCUCCAGGCUGUGAGGAAUACAAUCUCUUUGGAAACAUUACAAGGAAGCCCCUACCUCCUACUCCAGAUAUUGUCCGGUCAAGGCCUCCACCACCUCAGCCCCCAGAGGAAGAGCUGGUGACCAGCAAUGGAGACAAAGAAGACAUAGUAAUUGCAAUGUUUGACUUCCACCCGGCGGAGUCACAUGACCUUAAUCUGGUUACUGGGGAAGAAUAUGUGGUGUUAGAAAAGAAGGACGUGCACUGGUGGAAGGCAAGAAAUAAGCACGGAAAAGAAGGAUAUAUUCCCAGCAACUACGUUACCGAGAAGAAAUUAGACAAUUUAGACCAGUAUGAAUGGUAUAGCAGAAAUAUGAACAGAGGGAAAGCAGAACAACUCCUUAGAAGCGAAGAUAAAGAAGGUGGGUUCAUCGUUAGGGAUUCCAGUCAAGUUGGCUUGUAUACCGUAUCUCUUUAUACAAAAUAUGCAGGGGAAGGUUCCUCAGCAAUACGCCAUUACCACAUAAAGGAAACCGGGUUCCCCAAACAAUAUUACCUAGCAGAGAAACACAUCUUUAACUCUAUUCCAGAUAUGAUUGAAUAUCACAAGCACAAUGCUGCAGGUCUAGUUACCAGACUGCGAUAUCCCGUCUGUCAAAAAAAUAAAAUCGCACCUACGACGGCUGGAUUUAGCUAUGAUAAGUGGGAAAUAAACCCUUCCGAGCUCACGUUUAUGAAGGAGCUGGGAAGUGGUCUGUUUGGCGUGGUACGUCUUGGGAAAUGGCGCGCACAGUACAAAGUAGCAAUCAAGGCCAUUCGAGAGGGCGCCAUGUCUGAAGAGGACUUCAUAGAGGAAGCUAAAGUCAUGAUGAAACUGACUCACCCCAAACUGGUGCAGCUGUAUGGCGUUUGUACAGAAAAGAGGCCAAUCUACAUAGUGACAGAGUUCAUGGAACACGGUUGCCUUCUCAAUUACCUCCGCCAGAAACAUGGACAGUUUAAUCCAGACCUUCUGCUCAGCAUGUGCCAGGAUGUGUGUGAUGGCAUGAGCUACCUGGAGGAGAAUAAUUUCUUACAUCGUGACCUGGCUGCCAGAAACUGUUUAGUAAGUGGUCUUGGAGUAGUAAAAGUGUCUGAUUUUGGAAUGACGAGGUAUGUCCUUGAUGACCAGUAUACAAGUUCCUGUGGAGCCAAGUUCCCAGUAAAGUGGUCACCACCAGAAGUUUUCAACUACAGCAAGUUCAGCAGCAAAUCUGAUGUCUGGUCUUUUGGGGUAUUAAUGUGGGAGGUUUUCACAGAAGGUAAGAUGCCCUUUGAGAGCUAUUCCAAUGUUGAAGUUGUAGAAAUGGUGACGAGAGGGGAGAGACUCUAUCGCCCAAGAUUGGCUUCACCCAAGAUAUACACUGUAAUGAUGGCAUGCUGGCAUGAGAAACCAGAAGGACGCCCCAAAUUUUAUGACCUGUUACUGGUAAUCAGACAAAUACUCGAAGGAGACUCCUAAAGAGUUAAAAUUGAAUAUUAAAAUGUUGGACAAUUUUUAUAUAGAUUAGGAUGUUAAUUGCCUAACAUCCAAAUGUUCAAUGGUUUCACUUCUGUGGUUCCUACAGGAUUUCUUUUAUUUUGUAUUGUCAGACUGUUUGGCACACUACGGGUGUUACAGAUUAUGGAUUAACACAACUCACAAAUGUUUGAUGAUCGCGGUAUUUCAGGAUUGUAUUUCCUUGUCAUUUUUCUGGAUGAAAGUUCAAUUGCCACAUGUAACAAGCUGUAUAUAGCAUAUGUAUAUAUAAAUAUAUUUAAGUUAAAGAUGUUUGUUUUUGAGUUUUGCACCAAAAAAUAAGAUAAAUUGU